GACAUGCCGAUCUCGCACCGCUUCUUGCUGAUGCUGUGCUUUGUGACAACCGGCUUCAUGGGAUGCUUGCUGACAGCCUUCACAGGCUUCCACGUCAUGCUGAUGAUGCGGGGUCUUACGACCAUCGAGUUCUGCGAGAAGCAGAACUCAAUAGCCAGCCCCCACGCUGGCAAAGGCUCCAA